AUGAAAAAAAAAGGUGCAGAUUUUAUGCUGGUUAUGGAAUUUUCGGAUGUAAUUGAGCGCUCACGUGUAAACAAUGUAUUUUUGCGGAAAGGUCCUCGACAACCACAGUUGGGUUCACUGGCUUUGAUUGGUCAUCAUAUGAUUUUUUCUCCAGCUCCUACUUCAGUAGACUCUACAGAUGGAAAAAAGCACAACGAUGAGCUGUGGCUACUUCAUCGUGCUGUAGAUCGUGUUACAGUGGAGCAGAUUUCAAAAGAUGGUGCAAGCCGUGCUGGCAGAUUAAUUUUAAAAUGCAAAAACUUUAUGAUAUGUAUUUUUGAUAUGGAAGAUCUGGAUGAUUGUACUGCUGUUGCACGGUCAAUCGAAAAAUUGUCAAGCCUAAGCAAGUUGUAUUAUAAAGUGAUAAAAAGAAAUAUACAGCGUAACUACCCAUUUUAUUACCGAUGUCCCUUCACUGUUUUGGAUGAUGGAUGGACUGCAUUUGAAACCGAACAAGAAUAUGCAAAAUUGACGUUACGGUGCAAAGACGGGUGGCGUAUAAGUUCUGUUAACAAAGGUUUUCAAGUAUGUAGUUCAUAUCCUGAAAUGGUGAUUGUACCUAAAGGAAUUGGAGAUGAUUAUCUUAGGAUAUCUGCUACUUUUCGAGAUGGUGGUCGUUUUCCAGUAUUAAGUUUCUAUCACAAAGAAACCAAAUCCUGUCUUAUUCGUUGUGGGCAGCCUCUCAUUGGUCCUGUAAAUAGGCGGUGUAAGGAAGAUGAAACAAUUCUAAAAUCUUUAUUAUCAUCGACAAGCAAAGGAGUAAUAGUGGAUACACGUACCAGAGCCCUUGCACAAAGUGCUAAAAGUAGAGGUGUGCAUCAUGAUUCUAAUUAUAAGCUCAAUUUCUUAUUCUUUGUUGAUGUGUUGUUAUUAUACAACUCAAAUGUUUCGAGUCUAAUUAUGAUUUUAUAAAA